CUGAGGAGCGCCCUCUAGCCCCCGUCCCCGCGUUCGAAACUCUCGGCCGCCAAUCGCCGGGCGGGCGGGCGGCGCAGGGCCGCGCCUGUUCGUCGCCACACGGCCGUGGGAGGAGGCGGCUGCCGGGCACCGUGAGCUCCCAGCCAUGCGGGGUGAUGUCCUACUUGGGGCUGAGAUAUGGAAAACUGUGAUGUGGUGAAUUCUGUACAAGAAACGCCUUCAUCUUCAGCAGACUCUGAUGUCAGAAACACCCACAGCUCUGACUGUGACUUGAACUGCAGCAGAAGUCCUUCAUCCAGUGCCAAUGGAGUUUCUGGUUACUCAGGGAAUACCAGGUCCUCAUUAAAGCCUGGUUCUGUUGAGCUGCUUGCCUCCUUUAUGCAAGAUAUCCAGAACAUUGGACAUGCUCACUCGGAAAGUUUGAGGAACUGUGAGGCAAGGUGGCUGCAGCUACUGAGACUGGCAGAAAAACAAUGUCAGGAACAAAUAGUUACCCAGCAAGAGCAGUUCCACCGUCAAAUCCAACUGAUUCAGGAUGAGAUAAGGCAGCUGCUGGGCUUGCAGAGCAGCACUUGGAGCCGGGGUUUGGUUGCUGAGCUCACAGACACUUCCUCAGCACCAAUGGGGAUGCGCUCAGAGCUCUUUGAGGAGCAGGAGAGCAUCACCAGCCAGCUGAGAUCCUGUGAAUUGGAGUCCCAGGCCAACGCCUGCCAUGUGCAGCAGGAAUGUGCAGAGAGCGACGCCUCCAUGAACAGCGGCUACGGCACCCUGUCCACCUCCGAGCUGAACCCUGCCACAGGCAGUGCCAGCAGGGACACAGACUGCAUGGAGAACACUCCCCAGGGACUUGAAACCAGGCCAAGGCUGGACAGCCAUGCAGGAGUGGACAGUGUGCAAAAUAAAAGAGAACUUUCACCAAAAAAAACAGAGGAAAAUAGUUCGUCGGGAAGGAAUGAUGUUUUAGUUUUUCCUGCUGAAUUUGAGCAUAAAGGUGAUGAAGAUCAACGUGGGAAGAAACCCAGUAAAUCUUUAACGUCAUGGGCGCAAAAGUUGAGACAAACCCAACCAAAAAGAGUAACUGCAGAUGAAGUAUGUGCGACCUCUAUGCAAGAAAAUGAGAGAGUGAAGAGAUUACCACUUGAGAAU